UGACAAUUUUUUUUUUUUUUUUUCAGGAGGCAUUGUCGGUGGUGAGUGACGACCAGUCUUUGUUCGAGCCCCCUUACGCCGCUGCCCAGUUGCCCAAGCCAGACAUGACAGCCUCAGGAACCCAGGACUAUGUGCAACCCCACAAGAUCACCCCCUUACCCCCCCAGCAAGAAUGGAUACAUCAGCCGGCCCGAGUCAAUGUCAAGCGGGAGUACGAUCACAUGAACGGCUCCAGGGAAUCCCCCGUCGACUGCAGUCUCAACAAAUGCAGUAAACUGGUCGGAGGGACGGAUGCGGCCCAGAUGAGUUAUGGCAGUUACAUGGACGAGAAGAAUGGCCCCCCGCCUCCUAACAUGACCACAAACGAGAGGAGAGUCAUAGUUCCUGCAGAUCCCUCUUUGUGGUCCCAAGAUCACGUCAGACAGUGGCUGGAGUGGGCGAUCAAAGAGUACGGACUGAUGGAGAUUGACACAUCGCUGUUCCAGAGCACGGACGGCAAGGAGCUCUGUAAAAUGAACAAGGAGGACUUUCUGAGGAUGACGUCAGUGUACAACGCAGAGGUCCUGCUCUCGCAUCUCAAUUACCUCAGGGAAAGCAGCUCCUCGUUGUCUUAUAACGCCCCAUCUCACACCGAACAGUCCCCACGCCUGGCUGUCAAGGAAGAUCCCUCCUAUGAGUCAGUGAGGAGACCGCCGGGCUGGACUAACAACAUGCACAGUGUAAAAGGCUCUCCGGCAGUCGCACAGAACGUUUCCAAGAGCUCAGAGCAGCAGAGACCACAGCCAGAUCCCUACCAGAUUCUGGGUCCCACUAGCAGUCGAUUAGCAAAUCCAGGUAAGACAAGGAGCGGGCAGAUCCAGCUGUGGCAGUUCCUGCUGGAGCUCCUGUCGGACAGCUCCAACGCCGGCUGCAUCACCUGGGAGGGGACCAACGGGGAGUUCAAGAUGACGGACCCGGACGAGGUGGCGCGGCGCUGGGGGGAGCGCAAGAGCAAGCCCAACAUGAACUACGACAAGCUGAGCCGCGCCCUGCGCUACUACUACGACAAGAACAUCAUGACCAAGGUGCACGGCAAGCGCUACGCCUACAAGUUCGAUUUCCACGGCAUCGCCCAGGCCCUGCAGCCACACCCCACCGAGUCCUCCAUGUACAAGUACCCCUCGGACCUGGCCUAUAUGCCUUCGUAUCACGCUCACCAGCAGAAGGUGAACUUUGUCUCGCCCCACCCCUCCUCCAUGCCCGUCACCUCCUCCAGUUUCUUCGGCGCGGCCGCCCCCUACUGGAGCUCCCCGGCUGGAGGGAUCUACCCCAACCCCAAUGUGCCUCGACACCCCAACACCCACGUUCCGUCCCACCUCGGCAGCUAUUACUAGUGCCAUUUGGACCUGCACUCAAUCCUGGAUUCCUCUUCUGGAAAAUCUUUGAAAAAAUGAAUAAAAAAGAAAAAAAAACUGGAUUAAUCGUUCACUUAGAAACGGAAUACUACUUGUUCAUCUGUAGAGCGGUCGUUGUUGUUGUUUUAUGUUUUGUGUGUGUUUUUUUUGUGCUCUUCUGGACUGGAUCUUGGGCCAGUAGCAAUGAAUUCAGUAUUCCACAGACUGGUGAAGACGAUCGCUGGGCGCUCAAGAUAUGGACCUUUCGUCGAUUAUCCCAAGACAUGGACCCAACUGCAAAGGGUCUCAAGCAGGACCAAGUGCUGUAACUCCUUAGACAGUAAUAGCCAUCUUUAUGAACCUGUACCUUUCAAUGGAAAUGGCUAAGAUUUUUGAUAGUCUUAUAUACUUCUUUGCCUUGAAUUCUGGAGGGCAUCUCAGCGAAGUUUGGUUGGCAACUGGAAGACUAUAUGUUUGUUUUUUUUUUAAUACUGAGGUGUCAUCCAAACUGGAAUUUUCAAAACCAGCAAAGGAAGAGGCUAUGAAACACCCUCAUAAGAACAUACGAACCAUUGGUCUUCAAUGUUCUGAACCCAGAUCUUUACGACACACGUCCUGGGCUCCAUGAGGUAUCAUCUUCUAUUUAGCCUUCCAGGAUUGUAAAGCAACCUGUGUUCCGGAACCCAGUCUAGAACACAAGCCUUUGGAAGUCUGCAAUGACACUGACGGCAUUCUAGACCUUUCACUUCUGAAGAUCUACUCUCCAUCUGAUUCUCGACCUCCGCUCAUUCUUAAUCCUGAACACUCUCCAAGACGGAGUGAACUUGACUUUCUUAGGAAGAGGAUUCCUUAAAAGGACUACGAUGCCAAGUAUGGACAUCCAGCCAUGAACUGUUGAAGCUAAAUAAUUAACUAAGUGAAAUAAAAACAAAAAAAAACCAUGAGGCUGAAAAAGAAGUCUUGAGAUUCGCGAACGCUGUGCGUUCGUCAGACCUAUAUUUUUUUUUUUUUUUUUUUAGUUAAAACAUUGGUCAACCACGCGUUAAAGCAAUUUACUGUAUAAAUUAUGCAGAGUUAUUUUCAUAUGUUACACAGUAUUAAAAAAAUAAAUAAAUAAAUAACGAGUUGACCUCGGUCACAAAUGCAAUUUUUACAAUCAAAAAAUAAUAAUAAAUCAAUUUUUUUUUUUUUUUUUUUUUUUUAAACAAAUUUGUACAUCUUUUGGUUUUGUUUUUGUUAAUCUGUACAUUAGGGCUAUAGCUUUUACUGAAUUGUAAAGAAUGUUGAAGAUGCAGGAUGCAUUAUUAUCAGUAUUGUGCAGUGGAAACGAAUUAUUAUGUCUCACCCUUUAUACCAAAACCGUUAUGAACCAUAAUUCCGAAUUGACAAUCAUUUUUAAAGGUAGACUUUUUCUCCCACUCACUUGCUCUUCAAGGGCACCAUUCCCUAACUUAAAGCUUCCCAUUCCUCCUUAAAUUCCCUCUUGUGGCAUUCUAAAUAUGUAGCAUUACAUGAAUAACCUCCAUUUUAAGAUGGGGUUAUUUGCUACUUCUAUAUGCAAUGUACUUUCUGGAUAAUAAAUAUAUAUAAUUUUGCAAGUAAUCUUUUUUUUUGUCAUUGUUGUUCUUGCAAUGUAUGAAGUAUAAUGCCCAGCUGUUGUAAAAGGGCUUUGCUGUAAAGAAAAAAAAAAUGUGACAAAUAAAGAAAUGUUUUUUUUGUUUUCUUCUAAA